AUGAAAGAAUAAAAGAAUUAGAAAGCCAAUUCUUGGAUUGGAUCAAUGCUAAGAAAAAAGUCCAGCAAUAAGGAUCUAUAAUCACUAUUGAAGCUUACAUUAUAAUUCUUUAAAUUCUUUCCUAAGAGUAAUCUGAUAAUCAGCCGAAACAGAAUAACCAUAGAAAGGAUUGUAAAUUUAGUUUGA